GACGAUCCUGCCAUAUCACAGUGGGUGUAUGCAAAAACCAACGUGUACCCAAACUUCAGAGCCACGCCGAAGACGUCUCUGCUUGGUUUCAUGUUUAGCGUCGUGCCCGUCUUUGGUUUCUACUACCUCUUCAAAUGGAGCAGGGAGCAGAUGGAGGAGCAGAUCAAGGCUGGGACCUACAAGCCGAGGUUCUCAACAGUUGAAUGAGCGCCCUCGUUAAAAAGAACUUCCUGCAAUGUUCCAGAUGUGGUCUGUGUAAUUAUUAAUCGCUGAAUAAAGUUUUUGUC